ACAGUUUAGUCUUGUUGUAACUUUCAAUGAGAUCACAUUGAUUCAGAGCUGACAAUAUUAACUUGGAUUAACUUGAAUUAUCUUGCAUCAAUUAAACUUGAAAAGUUAACUAAAAAUGUUUAAUCAACUUUUACUCAACUCAUCAGUAAACUUGCCCUGUGAACCAUUCAAUGGAUUUACUGUUUCCCUUCAACUUUAAUCAAACUUCAAUGACAAUGUUUGAUUAAACAAUUUUUGCCUCAUCAAAACAAUUGAAUAAUUUCGUGUCUCGCAAUCAUCUUUCAGUGUUUGUGACCAACAACAAAUUUUUCAAUUUUGCUUUUCCAUUUGUGUGCUUACUGAACGAGAAGAAGCAAAAAAGAUAUUUGUUUUGCUCUUGUUUACCCAAAUCAUGGAUCCUAAAAUUGUGAUUGAAGGUGAACUCAAAUUCAGAGGAACUCGAAAGUGGAGACCUCGAUGGGCCAUUGUAUCUCGACUGUCACCAGUUGCAGAUUGCCUUCACUUGCAGGUUUAUCGAGAUGAAAAGGAAAGGAUUAAAAGUGGAUUAACUAAGGCUUCAUUGUCACUCGAAAAGUACAUUGGCCUGGAAACUGGGUUUACCUUUGAUAAGGAGAGCAAUACUUUGGCCUUAAUUUGUCAAGAUAUGGUUCUGUUGUUGGCAUUUAAUUCAAGGGAAACUUUACUCCAUUGGCAGACAACAAUAAGAUCUCACCUUCCUCAAGAACAUCAAUAUCCAGUUGAAAUUGUUUCAUUUCCAGCCAAAAGUAGACUAACUGUUGGACCAAGUCGUCUUCACAUUCGCGAUGGGUGCUUUGCUCUUGUCUCUGGUAAUCCGCCAAGAUUGGCUGGACUCUGGUCACUGCCCGAUCUCAGACGAUAUGGAGUACUUAAUGGCAAAUUUUGCUUUGAAGGUGGUUCAUCUUGUGGUAAAGGUGAAGGUCUUCAUGUACUUUCAACGAUGAAAACUGGUGAACUAAUGAAGGCAUUUCAAUUGGCAUCAAUUGGUAAUCUUCAACCGAAACGCAAAUUAUCCAUUAAACAAGAUAAAUGCAAUAACCUUUCAGAUAGGAUAUCAUUUUGCUCAUCAAGCUCACAUUCAAGUGGAACCAGUUCAAUCUCUAGUGGCAAUGGAAGUUAUCAAAGUUCUCUCGAGUAUUCAACACCUCGAAGUGCUCAUCAUCUUCACCUUACCCAUCACCACCAUCAUCAUCAUCAUGGCAGCAUAGGCAACGAAAGAGUACCAAGUGGAUGUUGCAGUUCAGCUGCAGGUUCAACCGAGCUUUGGUAUGACAAGUUGAAGAUGUUGCGUUCAGCCAACUCGGGUCUAUUGGCACUUCAGGAUGGCAGCUCAAUAUGCUCUUGCCUCUCAGAGUGCAACCUAUUGACUCCAACCAGUGAUAAUAUUGGCUCAAAGUCAACACUCAAUGGACACCUUCUGUAUCCCUCCGAGUUUGACGCUGAAUCAACCAGCAGCUCAACCAAUACACUUAAACAGACAACCUUUAACUCGUCCCGUCAAGCAGAGUCAAACUCGGUCGAUCCAAAGCUACUUCAAAAGCUAAUCACUGGCCACUAUCAAAUACCCAAACACUUCUUAACCCAAUGCCAGGGAAUCAAAAAUGAUGUUGAUGACAAGAUGAUACUCAACAAUCUAGAAAUGUAUGAUGUUCCGAGAAAAUUUCAACAGAUUCAUUUUAAUGGUUCCAGUAAUACAGUUAAUGAUAAUGGUAAAUUAUCUCAACCAAAUUGUGACCAAAAUUUAAAUACUCUCAAUGGAUUGGAAAAGGGUUUAAAGGAUAAAGGAUUAAGGAAAGAAGAGAUAAAUUCAUUGGAUAAAUCAACCUGUUCAGGCCGGUGUAAUAAUGGACUCAAUUGUGAUUCAACUAAUCAAAAAGAUUCAAUAAGCUUUGGUAGUGAUUUAUGUAAAGAAUGUAAUUUUCUGGUUAACCCGAUUGUCGAGUCAAAUAAGGCAACUCAAUUGAAUGGAAGCUGCAAAGGCGUCAAUGAAGAGCAAAAGGUUGAACUGAAGCAACAAUUAAACGAAUCACAAGUUAAUUCUAAUUCCAAUUGUUCUCAUUCAAUCAAUAAAUCAAUUUUAAAUGAUGAUAAAUUGGUAGACAAGGAAAGAGUUAACUGUUCGCACAAAAGUGACAAUUUAACUGAUAAUCUGAUCAACAAUAAUUAUGUAAACAUUGAUUUUGUCCGAUCAUUGCAAUAUUACCAGAAUGUUGGCCUUUUAAAGAAACAACUGGUUAAUCUGGUUAAUCCAAAGCCAGCCGUUUCUUUACCUGAUGAACCAGAUAAAUCACAGAGAUUGAUAGACUCGGAGGAUCCUUUGGUAGGUGAAGUUAAUUACAAUUUAAUGGUUAACAAAUCAUCGGGUAAUAAUAAGGAUAAAGACGAUGAUUAUCUUGAGAUGGUUCCAUUGAUUGGUGAAAGUGAACUUAAUGAAUGUGAGGAGCAAAUUUAUCUAGUAAACCAGAAACAAUUGAAUGAUAAUUUACUCUCCCUUUUAACCAUCCUUAAUUCAAGCAAGAAAAUUAAUGAUACCAAUCAAAGUAUUUGUGCCUCAUCAUCAUCACCCUCACCCUCAACCUCAUCUUCAUCAACCAACGGUAAUCGCAAUGAAGCAAAUAAAUUAGUUAAUCCAUUGUCAAGAUCGUUAAGUGAUUUUACACGAAAAUUAAAAUUGUUGCACGAAAAGUCAACCCAAGGCAAGGAUAAAGGUUCACCCAAAGAGCCACCUUACAAGGAUCAAACAUCAACCUCAUGUCCACCCUCACCAGUCAAACUAUCGGUUAACCUGGACCUUUCACUACCAGUACCUCCACCUCCACCGCCUCCACCCUUGUCUUAUCUGUAUGCUUGUCGAUUGAACCGUUCAAUGGAAUCUCUGAUUUAUCCAUUUACUCAUCAAUCAUCAUUACCUUAUCAGCACAACACUGGACACCAGUUUUAUCCCUCUGAUGGUGAUCACUUUGACUCUAUUGAUCAUCACCAUUGCCAGUGUAAUUAUGAUCAUUUAACUUCAUCAGAUGAAGAUAUUUACCAUGCAAGUCAAAUAAGGGUAACAUCUAAUAGUCCAUUUACCUGUAGACCGAUGAGCCCUUCUGAAAUUAAACGAUCAAUCAGUUUACCUAAUGGAGGUUCAUCUGUUCAUCGGUCCAAUAAAUUAAAUUGCUAUCCAAUUGUGAUAAAUAAUGGUCAACCUUUACCUGACCAGUGUAACCAGGAUAACUCACAAUCAAAUUGCCACAGUGAAAAUGUGAACACUGUUAACCUUUUAAAGUUGAACCAUUCCAAUGGAAUCAAUUCAAGUUGUUUAAAUGAUUUAAACAAAUCAACCAAUGUUGAUCAUGUCAACAGUUUGGGUAAAAGUGUGCAAGGUAAAUCAUCAACAGCAAUCACAGUUAAACCCAGAUCAUCAAAUGAAUAUGUUACACUUGAUGUUGACAGGAAAAGUUGAUGUUCAAUUGGAUAACCCAAAAUUUUUACACCUUUAAUUCAAUUCUAUCCUCUUCUCUCUCUCUACUCAGCUCAAUGUUUUCAAUUUGUUUCAUCACAAUUGACACUUUAAAUGUUUCCAUGUUUCAAUCAAUUUCAAGAUUAACUCACAUAUCCUAUUGAAUUGUAAAUUGUAAAUCAUUUAAAAAUUGUAAAACGACACAAAAAUUUGUAAAAAACAACAUAUGCAAUAAAUAAAAUGGUUAACCCAUAAAAGACGAAAAAUCUGGUUCAAAUAUUGAAUCUCCAUUUGGAUUACGAUUGAUUGAUUCCAAUUCCUUUUUAGAUGAUAAUCAAGUGUUAAUAGGUGAUAAUUAGGGGAUUGAAUCAAUUGUCCAACAAUGAAACAAUUGCUUUUAUGGUUUGAUACUAAUGGAUAAAAUAGUGGCUUAAAUCAGGCUAAUGGGAACAACAUUUACAGUGAUUUAGUGAUUUUUGCAGGGAAUCCUUUUCUGCUUCUUGUUUCUUGCUCAUCUUUCUGGUCUUUGCUUGCCAUUUGGACAUAGUCAGGGAUGAGAGGAAAGGCUCAAGAUGAUAAUGCUAUUUAAUUGAGAGACAGAAAUUGCCUUUUUCUUUGUUCAUCUUUCAGGGUUCAAUCUUUCAUCAGCAUUAAAUAACCAUUCUUUUUUGUUCAUCUUUCCUUUGCUUGAUAUACAGUUUAAAUUGAACAAUCAGCCCAAUUGUUGCGAUAACUUCAACUGUUUCAAUGUUUUAAUUAAAUUCAACUAUCCAAUGGUGGAGAAGUUCCAACAAUCAAUGAUUUUGUUGUCAACCAAUGAUCAGUAAUAUAAUUGAUUGUUCAACAUGGGAAACGUUAUUCCUUUUGUUUUCUUUUCUUCGCAAAAUUGAUUCUCUUUGUUUUUCCAAAAUUGGGACGUUCUUAUAUCAUCAUUGAUUCCCAUAGUUAGUUGAAAAUGCAGGGAAAUACAUCAGCAUUUAACGGUUCAUAUUGAUGAUCAUCUUUGAUAAUGUACAAUCCUUGAUGAGACCAAAACACCACCUUGACUUUGAUAAUAAUAGUCCAUUUGUUUGUUUCACUUUUUACACUCUUUUUUUGAUAAUAGCUUCUUAGCUCUUUUAUUUCUGUAUCAGCUUCAAUCUUGUAUCUUUUAGUGAAAGAUUGUUGAAAGAACAUCAAUUUGAUUUCAUCUUCUUCAUCUUGUACAUAAAAAAAGAUGACUGAGAUUGGUACGUUUAAAUGCUUUCAACUGGAAGAUUUAUUGAAGCAAACAGAUGAUGAAACGGAAGAGACCAAAAAAUCACUGUAGACGACAGAUGAAGACAGGAAUAGCGGGUUAAGAGAGUAAAGAGAGGGAGACUGGGGAGAAGGAAGAAAAAGAAGAAAGCAAAGAGAGAAAUCGAAGAGCUGAUGAUAAUGAUGACUUGGAUAAUCACAGAAGCAGAAAUGAAAAUAGUGCUUUGGUCAGCUUUUUCAUUUUCAGUCUCCAUUUCUUGUUUGCUCAUCUUUCAUUUGUUGGUCCUUGUUUGGGUACUUUUGUUGUAUCACUUUGAACACUUUACUGGAUCAUCUAUCAAACUUUUGUUUUUCAACUGAAUUAUCCAACUUGAAGAGGUAAAUAAAACCUAAUGAUAAUAUUUUUCAUUAACAACAGCCAAAAGUGUUAUUGUGUCCAUCUAAUGAUUCCUUGAUAACCAAUGAUCCAUGGCUUGAUUCAAUGUUGAACUUUAAUUUGACUUGGAAAUUUUGAUUGUUUAAUGUCGAGUAUUCAUGUGGCACCAUCUUGUUGGCUAA